AACCGCGGCAUCAUGGGAGGGGAGGCAGCCAUCUUUUCCUCUACGAGUUUGGAUUUUUUGAUGCAUGCGACUAUGUAGUUAGUUUGUUUAGAAAAAUAUGUUUAAUAAUAAUGCAUUUGGGCUUUGAUGAUAGAGUGGAGGUGUACUCAAUUAUUUCCUGAGUAGAAAGUAACUCCGGCAUCGCAACCAUGGACGCGGUGAAGCAAUUUAAUUCGGAGCUGUCCUCAUUAUAUGAGGUCAAGCCUCCAAUAUCCAAAGCCAAAAUGACAACACUUACAAGGACAGCAAUAAAGGCCAUAAAAUUCUACAAGCAUGUUGUUCAAAGUGUUGAGAAAUUUAUUCAGAAGUGCAAAUCUGAGUACAAAGUCCCCGGUUUGUAUGUUAUCGACUCAAUUGUAAGACAGUCUCGACAUCAGUUCGGACCUGAGAAAGAUGUCUUUGCACCAAGGUUUUCCAAGAACAUGCAGACCACUUUUAUAUAUCUAUUUCGCUGUCCCCCUGAUGAUAAAAGUAAAAUUAUAAGAGUGCUGAACCUGUGGCAGAAGAACCAGGUGUUUGCUCCUGAAGUUAUUCAACCUCUCUUUGAUCUUGCUGAUCCCAACCAUCCAAUACACAAAGACCCUGCCAUUGCUGCUAUAGCAGCAGCUGCUGCUGCGGCGGCAGCAGUCACAGCCUCUACCUCAACCUCUGCCAGCAAUGGACUAGCUUCAACUCCAACCAAAGUGAUGAAACCUGGCAAACCGGAGUCUGUCACCCCUCUCUGGCUAGCCCAAGCCAGUGUGGAAGCCACCAAAAGCGCAGCUACCGCAGCUCCAGCAAAUAAUUCAGAACCCAACCUUCUCCAGCAGUUACAACAACUUCAAAGCUUAAUCUUAAACAAACAGCAACAAGAUGCAUCUAAAUCAGAUCAGGUGAAAUUUGACAGAAAGCUGUUGGACUUCGACUAUGGGGAAGAAGAAGAUGACAAUGAUGUCAUGAUAGCACCAUCUCCGAAGCCAGUGGCACCCCAAUUAACGUUGGAUUCAAUUUUGCAAAAUCCAGAAAUUUUACGCCAACUUCAGAAUUUUCAACAAAUGCAAGCUCAGCAGGAGGAAGAAAAGAGAAGGAAGCUACAAGAAAUGAAGCAGCAAGAAGAGGAGUUUGACAAACAUUUAGCUCAAACGGUGCCGAAACUGCCCUUUGCUGCUGAAUGUGACUUGAUGAAGUUGCCUGACAUGAAUAAACCACCCCCUAUAAACAGCCUAUUUGACCAGAGCAAGGCUGCUUAUUCUUUUCCUGUCCCGGAUAUGUCACAGCCACCUCCUGGUUACAUGACUAAUAUCACAAAGCGCGAGCGCAGCCCCUUAGAAGAAGGUGAACAAGCUGACUCUGAAAUAGAAUUUAUUAAUGAAGAUAGGUCCUCUGUGAGACCAAGUGGCAGCCAGGACACCGGCAGUUCUGUUGAAAUAAUAAAUUUAGAAAGAAGCCGAUCACGUAGCUUGUCACCCAAAAGUAGAAGAAGAAGGGGACGUAGUCGAUCACGUUCACGUGAAAGACGUCGAGGAAGGCGUUCUAGGUCUCGAUCUUCUAGCCCCUCGCGGUCUAGAUCUCGUAGAAGACGGUCUAGGGAACGAGACCGUGAACGAGAAAAGGAAAAGGAGAAAGAAAAGGAGAAAGAGGCUGAUAGAGAAAAGAAGAAAGAAAUAGAUCGUGAGAGAAGAAAAAGGGGACUACCUCCCAUCAAAAAAGAUCAUUUAGCUGUGUGCAGUACUACUCUUUGGGUUGGUCAUUUGUCUAAAUUGGUUCAUCAAGAAGAACUGUCUGAUACAUUUGGAGAGUAUGGAGAUAUUGUCUCCAUUGACCUUAUUCCUCCAAGAGGAUGUGCAUUUAUCUGUAUGAAUAGACGUCAAGAUGCCAACAGAGCCUUGAAAGAAUUAAAAAAUUUUAAACUCCAAGGAAAAGCCAUCACUUUGGCUUGGGCUCCAGGGAGAGGUGUUAAGGGAAAGGAAUGGAAAGACUACUGGGAGGUUGAUUUGGGUGUGUCCUAUGUUCCAUGGACCAAGUUAACCUCUCGUGUUAAUCUUGAGACGCUUGAAGAGGGUGGCUUAGUCGAUGAAGAAACACUGCCUGAUUGGUUGAAACCUGGUGCUUCGGGCAAGCCACCUGGAGAAGAACCUCCAGCAGCUGCCGCACCUGCUGCAGCUCCCCCUGGCUUUGUUCCUUUACCAGAAGGUCAGCCAACAGUUCGUGUAGAUACAUCACAACCACCUCCCUUAAGACCCGAAAUUGGUAAUUCGGGUCAAAUAUCACUCCCGAAUGUUGGAGCAAUUCCAGUUCCUGGUGCUUUAGGAAUGGUUCAACCCUUCAGUAUCAACAUGCAACGACUUAUUACCCCAAUGGGAAUGAUGGGUCAUGGCAUCAUGCCUCCUAUGGGAGUUCCUCCUCCAGGGAUGCAGGGUAUGCUUGGCGGUUCAUUAAUGGCUCAGCAAAUGCUCCAGCAGGGUGUCAACGUCCCAUUCACCAACGCACCCGGCAUUAUGAGAUUGAGUCUUGUCAACUCAACACCCUCAGGUAGCAAAGUACGACCUGUAGGAGUGAGACCGCCUGUAGGAGUGCCACCGCCAACUACUGAAAGUGCUACAACCCAAUUUAGUGGUCAAUCUCGUUUACCACAGCACACACAAUCUGCUCCCAUGCAUGGCUCGAGUAACCAUCAAGACGAUGAAAAUAUGGACGUUGAUCAAGAUGACGACCCCAAACCAGACAAGCCAGACAAUCCAAGCCUGAGCGAGCAGCUGUUGGCGUCCCUGGGCGGGCCCUCCUUCUCGCACCUGCCGCUGCACAUGCAGCCCUCCUUCAUGCAGCCGCCGCCCAACUUCAGCCAGCCGCCGCCCUUCCCUCCGCCCGGCGCCGGCAACGCAGGCAACGCCACAGAGGACACCGACGACCGGGAUCGCAACCGGGACCGCCGGGACCGCGGGGAUCGCGACCGCAACAGUCGGGAGCGAGAUCGCGAGCGCGACCGGGGGGACCGCGACAAGGACCGGCGGCGCGGCGACCGCGACCGGGAGCGCGACCGCGGGGACCGCGACCGGGACAGGGAUCGCCGCGGCAGAGACCGCUGGGGUGACCGCGACCGGCGGGACCGCGAUCGCGACCGGGAGCGCGGCAGGAGUCGCGAGAAGGAGCGCGAGGACAACAAGGACAAGGAGGCCCCGGGCAAGGAGGAGGACAAGGACGCGCCCAAAGUGAGCCUGGCCGAGAGGCUGCUCAGCCUGGCCAACAUGGACGGCGCGGCCAACGCGGACAUGAGGAACCCUGCGUACGGACGGCCGCCACAGCGCCGAGGCGACAAGGACGGAGAAGAUAGCAGCAAAAAAGGUGAUGAUGACAAGCCUCCUUCCCUUCUGGACAUGCCCAAGCUGGCGCCGCCAGAUGGGCAGGCCGGCCAGGGGCCUUCGGCAGAUGGACCGUUCCCGCACAGAGGCUUGCCCCCAGGCGGACCGCUAUUCGCCGGAAGAGGACCUGGAGGGCCUAACAUUCCUGGAGGCCCUGCUGCCGCCGCCGCCGGCCCCUCUGGCGCUGUCCCGAGUGGCAGCAUCCUCGGUGCGCCCCCUGGCGCCUUGGUCGGCCCGAUGGGCGUGCCUCCUGGUGGACCUCCCGGAGGCCCUCCCGGUGGACCUGCCAUGGGGCUGCUCGGCGAACCGCCGGGGCCACCCGGGCCGGGAAUGGUGGACGGGUUCCGCGGACGCGGGCCACCCGGGCCUGACGGCUUCGCUGACGGCUUCGUUCCCAGAGGACCACAUGGAGGCCCGCACCCUGACAUGAUGCACCCGCUGGAGCGCGAGGAGUUCCUCCGCGGCAGGGAGCCGUUUGGACGCGGGCCGAGAGGACCCGGGGACUUCGGGCCGCACCCCGACGGCCACCCAGACUUUGACGGCUUCGACCCCAUGGACCCCAUGAUGCCGGACGACUUCCGCGGGCCGCGCAUGCCGUUGCCUCACCCCGACGCCUUCGAUCCCCGCGACGGGCCGCGGAUACCCCGCGGGCCCCACGGCCCCAUGCCCGACGACUUCGACAUGAUGCACCCCGACAUGGACUUCGACCCGCGGGAUCCGAGGGACCCCCGCGGCCCCGGCCGGAUGCCCCUGCACCCGCACAUGUUCCCCCACGACAUGGACCCCAUGGACAUGGAAAUGGCCAUGGAUAUGCGUGGCCACCCGGACGACUUCGACCGCAUGCCUCCCGAGUUCUUCGCGGCCCGCGGCAUGAUGGGACCUCGCGGACCUCGGCCGAUGAUGGGACGAGGAGGAAUGUGGCGUGACGGCCAGGGCCCGCGCGGCUUCCCCAUGGGCUUCGACGGGCCCAUGAUGGACGGGCCCAUGAUGGAUGGACCCAUGAUGGACGGGCCCUUGAUGGACGGCCCGGACGGGCCCUUCUUCGGACCAGGACACUUCGACGACAUGGACCGGCGGCACCCCCGCGGACCCAUGGGACCUCCUGGACCUGGAGGCGCCUGGAGAGGCCUCGAUGACGGACCCUUCCUGGGCCCCAGGGACGGCCCCAGCAUGGGCCCCGGCAUGGGCCCCGGCAUGGGCCCUGGCAUGGGACCCGGCAUGGGCCCCGGUAUGGGACCUGGCAUGGGACCCGGCAUGGGACCUGGUAUCGACAUCGAAGAACUGGAGCGAGCUCGUGAGCGGGAAAUGGCGAUGGGCAGGCCUCGGUCUCGAGACCGGGAUCGGGACAGGGACAGAGACAGAGACAGGGAUAGAGAACGAGACAGGGACAGAGGAAAGGACAGAGACCGAGAGAGGGCUGAGCGAAGUGAGAGGGGUGAAAGGGGUGAGAGAGGACGACGCUCCAGGUGGGCGAGUUCGCCACCUCAAGAGGACGCCGCGCAGAACAAGGAAGCCGUGUCGGACGCGCCCGCGGCCGAUGGUUCCGCCAUGGAGCCUGCAGCGACUCAAAGUGAAAGUGAAUCUAGGCCUAAUAUUGAGGAAGCACAACCUGAAGAAAGCAAUAGGGCCAGCCCUGGCCGCAAUGCUGCACUUUCUGAUGCGUUGUUAGGUACAAUUAAUUCAGAGUCAGUUCAGUCCAAUAAUGAUGCUGUGGAUGGUUCUGCUGUGUCUUCUGAGCAUGAAAGGACAUUUGAAACUCAAAAUAGGGAGGAGUCUGCAACUCUAUUGCCGGAUUCUGAUUCUCAUACGUCUGCAUUUGCAAGAGGUGAGGAGACUUAUUCAAGAAAUGACGAAAGCUUUGAGGAGACUCGUCCAAGGGAUGAAGGGAACUAUGAGCCAGAGCAUUCUAACAAUGAAGAUAACUAUGAGCCUGUUCACUCAAGAAUUGAAGACAAUUGUGAGUCUGCUCAUUCAAGAAAUGAAGAAAAUUAUAACGAGGUGCAUUCAGGGAAUGACAACAACUAUGAGUCCUCUCACUUGAGAAAUGAAGACAAUUUUGAGUCCUCUCUUUCAAGAAAUGAAGACAAUUUUGAGUCCUCUCAUUCACGAAAUGAUGACAAUUUUGAGUCCUCUCUUUCAAGAAAUGAAGACAAUUUUGAGUCCUCUCAUUCAAGGAAUGACGACAAUUUUGAGUCCUCUCAUUCUAGAAAUGAAGGCAAUUUUGAGUCAUCUCAUUCGAGAAAUGAAGAAAAUUACAGUUCUUCUCAUUCAAGAAACGAAGAAAAUUACGAGUCUUCUCAUUCAAGAAAUGAAGACAAUUAUGAGUCUUCUCACUCAAGAAACGAAGACAAUUAUGAGCCAGUUCAGUCACACAAUGAAGGCAAUUAUGAACCAGACCACUCAAGUAAUUUGGUUUCUUAUGAACCGGUCUCAAAUAGAGAUGAAAAUCCAUCUCCAGUGAGGAACAAUGACAUGUGUGAUUCAUAUUCUGAAGAUAGAUUUGAAAACAAACACCAAGGCCCCACUGAUAUUGCUCAAUUAGGGUCCAAUGGCCCAAUUUCAGAUGACUGCAGUGGAAAUGUCACUAAUAAUUUAUCAGAAGAUCAUAACAGCAAAUCCCAAGAAAACACAGCAGAUCAAGUGGAGAAUGAUCUUUAGCUUAAUUAAAUUGUGUACUUUUUGCGUGUGGCAGUUGCUCUCACAAGUAUAGUGCAAUAUUUUUUGGAUUGAUCAUAUUUAAAUGUUAUUUGUUAUGACCGUUGGUUAUUUCCAAGACUUCCAUUAAAUUUUUUACUGGUUUUUAUUAUGCAAACUAUCUCUUCAUCAUGCACUCAUCCUAAAUCACUUUCUGUGAUACCUCAUAAAUCAACUCUAGCAAUGACAACUUUAAAAUCAAUUACAAAGGGAGAAAAAAUGUGAUGUACAGUGUUUCUUUAGAUAGGUAAACUGUGAAGGAAUCUUUUUCCUUGUGUAAGACAUCUGGGCACUUCCACUUUUAAUUGCUUGUCUUUGUUUGUUUCAUUUGGUUUGAACCAAUGCUGGUCUAUAGAAAUGGACUGUGUGUGGGUGUAUUAUCCUGUAUCAUAGCGUCAUUUUCUUCCUUGUAUAAUUUGUAAAGCCCUUCCAAUUAUUUCUUUACGGAAGAUACUUGUAAAUCUGCAAUAUUAUGCAGGAUGUGUGAACUGAGAUCGUGUUGUUUGCUGUCAGAAUUCAGGAUGUAUGUUUUCUCUCUUUUUCACGUUGUGUGUAUCAUAGUUAUAGUCUCAAGACUGGAUUGAUAUUCAGAAAGUCCUUUCCAUUUGUACCAUUAUGAUUUUCAAGAAUGUAGGUAUUUUCCCUUCUUUUUAAUCAAUAUGCAAAUUUAUUUAUGGUUGUGAUUUGGUUCUUGAUUCUUCGCCUGCAGCCGAUGAAGUGGUUCAGCUCUGGGGUGUGCUGUACUGUGCUGUCAAAAGGAAGUGAACACAGGACUUAACUUGAUAAGUUACCAAAGAAGUUAUUCAGCUUAGUCAUUUGUACUCAGUUUUUAUCAAAAGGUGACCUGAUUGAUGAUUUUAAUUUUCAAUUUUACUGAACAAUGAUUUGUAUAGUUGAUUUUACAUCAUGCUUUAAAAAAGAAAAAGAACAGUGUUUCUAAAAGGACAUUGAUGGGUGCACAUUUCUGGUAUCAUCCAUUGUGCUCAUUCAUGUUGAAUAAAAUUUAUAUAUUUUUGUACAGUUCAGUGGUUGGUUUUAUUAAGUAAGGUUUAUCCCGUGUUCCUGUGUUCACGGAGCAGCAGCGCAUGCAGGCAGCGCACGACAGCAGCCUCCACGAUGGAUGACUCGCGCUUGCACUCAAAUGGAGUGACAAGUGCAAGGUAUUGUCAAAUGUUUUUUUAUUUCAUUUGCGUUUGUUUGGCUAAGAAUUUCAGGUUGCUGACUUUCUCACUGGGGAGCAUCAUUCAAAAAUCUAUGUACAAUUUUUCAACUUUUCUUUUAUAAAAGUGAUAAAAAGGAUUAUAGGGAAAAUCUUCAUUCUAGGUGUUGUAUGUAAUAAUUUAUUGCACAUAUUAACUUUUUUCUUUUAACUGAACUUGGUAGAAAAUCUGAGCAAUACCGUAUGCUAUGUUUGUUUUGUUGCACCUGCUCCAGAGUAUGGGAGAUGGUGUUAACUGUCUUUAGUUAAUUGUGCGAGUGCAUAAUUGCAUUACUAGAACAAAAUGGUCAUUUGUUUGGCACCAUUUUGUUCCCUCUGAGCCCAUAGACGGAACAUCAUUAGAUUUUAGAUAAUAAGCUAUGGAAGAGUGGUGCUGUUGUCAUCGUUUGAAUGGGCUCGUUUGUAAAUAUCUUUUACUAUGCAAGUAGUUUUCAUCAUAUGUGGCUACAACAGAGCUACAACUAGGUACUUUGCUUAAUUAUUGGGUGGGAAGUGAUAUAUAUAAAAAUUUCUUAAAUAUUGUUUCUUGCGUGUCAAUAACAUAAUUUGGUUAUAUGCUAUAUAGUAAUAAAGUACUGAAUAAUUCUA